AUGACAAACACAAAAAUGACGCUCGUUGACUGGCUGGACGACUUGUGCGUCCGCUUCAUCGUCAACCUGCCCAACGAAGAGCUGCAGUCGGUCGAGCGCAUUUGCUUCCAGAUCGAGGAGGCCCAAUGGUUCUAUGAAGACUUCAUCCGCCCGCUCGACCCCCACAACCUGCCCUCGAUGCAUCUGCGCAAGUUCUCCCAGCUCAUGUUCCAGCACUGUCCGCUCUUCUCCGCCUACUCGGAAGAGCUGCACCAGCAGGCCUAUGAGCAGUUCCUCGCCUACAAGACCCGCGUACCUGUCCGAGGCGCCAUCAUGCUGAACAAGGACAUGACCCACGCAGUCCUGGUCAAGGGCUGGAAAAAGGGCGCCAAGUGGAGUUUUCCUCGCGGCAAGAUCAACAAGGAGGAGACGGACCUGGACUGCGCAGUGAGAGAAGUCUGGGAAGAGACGGGCUACGACCUGCACGAGGCAGACCUGGUCAUGCCCGACGAGAACAUGAAGAAGAUUACAGUCACCAUGCGCGAACAGAGCAUGAUGCUCUACGUCUUUCGAGGCGUGCCCAUGGACACCUAUUUUGAGCCGCGCACGAGAAAGGAAAUCUCCAAGAUUGACUGGUACAAGCUCACGGACUUGCCUACACUGCGGCGGAAGAAUCAGACCCAACAGCAGGGGCAAGGUCAGGACUUGGUCAAGGAGAGCAGCUUCUACAUGGUCGCCCCAUUUCUGGGUCCGCUAAGAGCAUGGAUAAAGCAACAGCACAAGCUCGACAAGCAAAAAGCGAGGAAUAGUGCACACGUUACCGCCCCGCCUGUCGCCAUGACCGAUGACGAGGACAUACAACAGCCUGAGGUAUAUGAGACCACGGCUGAUGAGGCGGGUCCAGUUGCGGGUAUGCCUCGCAGCGACAACCUUGCGGGCCUUGCAGCCCAGCUAGGACACGGGCGACAGGGCGAGAAUUUACCAGAAGUGUCGAACCACCACCACUACCACCAGCAGCCUCAAGAGCAAGGACAAAUUGCAGAUCCUGCAGCGGAGCUAAAGAGGUUGCUUAGUGUAGGUGUGGGCAUGCAGUCACAUCCUGUCGAAGCACCCAGUAUGCCUCUUCCAACCCAACAUCACCAAGCAAACCCAUUGCUUGCCUUGUUCCACCAAGGGAACAAUCAGCAAAGUCCUCAGAUGCCUCCACCGCGGACACCCUUCGACCAAGCCAUACCAUCUCCCAUGCAGCCUUCAAGCCCUCAUGGCCAGCACCAGCCACGCCAACCACAAAUGGGUAGCAUGGGCCCACCACCAUCGUUUCCUUAUCAUCAGCAGCAGCAACAGCAGCAGCAUCACCAAAUGCCAUAUCGAGGACCUCCCCAAUUCAAUGGAAUGCCUCCGCUUUCCAUGAACCACUAUGUGCAACCACAGUCACACAAUAAUCCUCACUUCCCACCGCAACCACCCAACAUGCAGCAAGCCUUUGACCAACGCCACCCACAAAUGAUCCAUGAAACGAGCAACUCGCAAUUUGCUAGUGAUCAUGGACGACCGGCAAUACCGUCCGCCUCGAACCUGCCAGCUCCAAACUUAAAUGCACAUACCCUUGGACUGUUGAAUAGCUUCAAGAAUGGUAGCCAGCGGCCACCACCACCACCACCUCAGUCAUCUGUAAAUACAUUUCAGGGACAACAGAGCGCGCAUAACACGCCGAGAAUACAACAUCGUCCACACGACUUGGCAUCUCCUCGGGGAUCAUAUGCUCCAAGUCCACCCAAAUUCCAGUCACCGGCUAUCAGUGCAAACUUCCAGCCUGAACAGCCGAUACCUCGAUCUCUGCACCAGGAUUCGCUCUUGACACUCUUCAGAGGCGCGACGCCUGUCGCGAGCCCAGAGCCUGUCGAAUUGUCUGCACAUCCAAAGACUCCUGGUAACAUGGCUGCACAACCGGCGUCCAAUGCUUCCAAGGUACCCAAUGCAGACCUACUCAACGCAUUCGGUCCUGGUUCCAAAAAGAGUGUGACACAGGCGACUGUGAACAGACCUGUCAAUGUACCUGACUUUGAGACGAUGAAGAAGUACUCGCAUCCAGCUAGCGGCAGUUCACGGGGGCCAUCUCCUCAGAUGCCGUUCAUGCCACAGCAAAUACUCAAGCGCGGCUCUACUAGCAAUAUCUCAGGAGGGUCUUCGAAUGCCACGGCUGUACCGCCCAAGUCUGCACAGCCAAAUGCUGCAAGUGCAUCGGUCGCGCCACAGGCGGUGUUCAAGCCCCAAAUCUUGAAGAGACCUCAGCAGGGGCUGCAACAAACAUCACAGGCCCAAAAUGCCACACCUGCACCUGCAACCAAGCAAACAGCUCAUCAAAUAGGCUUACUGGACAUGCUCAAGGGCCCUUCACCACAGUCCGCACCUACACAACCUGUUCACCCAGUGCAAGCAAGUCGUUCUCCGCCCCCCCCUACAGGCCACACCCAAGGCCUUCUCGAUAUGUUCAAAGGCGUAGGCAUAUCUCCCAACCCACCAACCACCCAACCUACAUCCAUGCACACGCGACAAUCCCCAGCUCCACCUCCAGAGCAUAAACAAGAUUUGCUCAACAUCUUCAAACGCGCAUCAUCCUCAUCCCCUCGACCUUUAUCCAAUCCUUCUGCCCAACUACUACGUACCAGCCUCUCCCCCGCACCAGGAAAUCCAGCCACGAACAACGAGCACCGCGAAUCCACAUCAGCGGAGAAAUCCAACCUCCUCGCCCUCUUUAGCAAACCGUCUCCGCAAACCCAAGGCGUCAAUCUGGCCCGAGGACCUCCACCUCCGCUCAAGCCGUCGCGUAGCCCUGCGCCGGGAUUCCAGCAUUUACCUACGACCAAGACGAACAUGCCCGGCGUCAUUAGCCGUGUAAGUUCACUGCACGGGGGUGUUGGUGGUGGUGCUGGUGACGAAGGCGUGCACCUUGGCGGCGUAGGCGCUGGAACCAACGUGGCAGGAACGUUGGCAACAGGCCAGGCAUCAAAAGGAGGAGAUGGGGAUAAGAGUCCCGUGGAUAAGACGUUUCUCCUUGGAUUCUUGGAAAAUGUGGCACGUAGGGGUUGA